ACAUACCGCAGCAUCAUGGCCUCACGAACCUAUUCGGCCACCGUCGUGUCCCCCGAGCGAAUGACCCCCGCCUACGAAGUCCCCGACAUGACCCUCUCCCAUAGAGCGAAAGUCUGCUCCCUCUACCGCCGCGCCCUCAAACUCUCCCUCGACUGGUGUAACGACCGCGCCGCCUGGCGCGGCCAAGCCAUGUACAUCCGUACCGUCUUCGACGCAAACCUCGCCGUGAAUGACCGACGGACGCAGCGGGUCCUCAUCGAAGAAGCCGAGCGCAUCCUCGAUGAAUACAAGCAUCCGGAACCGUAUCGGGCGCCGACGGCGCCGGGAGGGUCGAAGUGGGAGAGGAAUUUGGAGGCGCCGAUUUUGGAUCCACCGCCGAAGAUGGAUUUGUGAGGGAGGGGUUGGGGUGGAGGGGAAGAAGGGGAAUUGAGUCGUUGGGUUCAGUUAGAUAUGGACGUUGGACGGUGGUCCGGAUGUAUGAGUGAUUCUACGGAGGAUUCUAGAGCAUCGUAUCCAUUAUCCGUCGAUCAACAUGGGAGAUUUGCGUCGAGGUGUAGAUAUAUUCCAAAUCCAAGGAUUUCCAUAAGGGGAAAUUAAAAAAGAACAUUUUAUGAUUA